AUGUCAUACAACCAAGGACAGCGGGAAGCGACAGGUCCUGCGCCGACACCCUGUCAGUACGAACAUUGGUGGAGAGAACGACAACGACAAGCCGAUCAACAACGUGGCAGAUCGCCUGUCAGAUCGACCAUCAUCCCUUCAGACCGACCAAUGGCGAUCUUUGAUCCUAAUGUGUUCCGUCUGAUUGAACCACCUCAACGAACCAUCGAUCUCGAGCAAGGCCUCCAAUACAGCCACUCCGAGAGUAGCCCACGAAACCACAUCACAUCGGUCUCCCUCUCUUCCAACUUUGUCUUACUGGAAAAGGCAUCAACACCGCGCCAUCAAGCUCUACCACCCAAACGCUAUCUCCGGAUCGUUCGACGCCUCUGGUAUAGCAUCCUCGCUGUCUAUCAACGCCUCUUCACACUUAUCUUCAUCGUCAACUUGGCCGCAGUGCUCAUCCUCCUACACUGCCAAUCAUGGGACCGCUCUGUCGCAUUCAAGCUCGACCAUCUCGCAACCCUCGCCUCCUCAAACUUCCUCCUCGCGAUACUCUUCCGCCAAGACUGGCUCAUCAACCUGCUCUUCCGAACCGCGUGGCUGGUACCCUGGUCCUUACCUCUCAGAAUCAGAAGGAUCGUGAGCAGAGUAUACUGCUAUGGCGGCAUCCACAGCGGCGCGGCGGUCAUGGGAACGCUUUGGUGGAUCGUCUUCACCGCCGUAAUAAGCUGGGAGGGCGUGGCGAGAGGAAAUUACACGGCUCUGAUUCUAGUCCUGACGCUGUCCAUAUCCUCACUUCUGGCCACCGUCAUCAUCCUCUCCCUCCCACACUUCCGCGUCCGCCACCACGAUACCUGGGAACUCACGCACCGCUUCCUAGGCUGGUCUUCCAUCCUACUCUUCUGGAUCCAAAUCCUCCUCCUUACACACUACAACGCCACCACCACCACCACCACCCCGUCCUCCUCAUUCGGAGCUCGACUCAUCUACACCCCAACAUUCUACACCCUCCUCGCCAUUACCUUCCUGCUGAUGUAUCCCUGGCUCCUCCUCCGCCGCUGGACUUUCACCGCCACCCCACUCUCCCCGCACGCCCUGCGACUCAGCUUCCCGAAGAAAGUGCACAAGUACUCUUGCCUGGUGCUCUCGAGCAGUCCGCUGAGGGAGUGGCAUCCAUUUGCUACUUUCCCCAAUGUCGGUCCCAACGGAGAGAGAAAUGAGGGCUCCCUGAACGGGGCGAAUAGUCUCGUGGUGAGUGCGGCGGGGGACUGGACACGCAAUCUCAUUGCCACUGCGCAACGGGAAUGCAGGGAACAGAAGAUGCUGGGCAAGCAGGGGGAGGGGGUGGAGAUGAAGUUCUGGGUCAAGAGCCACCCCAGAGCGGGAGUGCUCUCGCUCUCCUGCCUCUACUCCCGCGUCCUCAUCGUCACUACCGGCUCCGGCAUCGGACCCAGUCUGUCCUCGCUGCUUGACCGUCCACAGGGACAAGUAGCCAGAUUGUGCUGGUCAACUCGGUCGCCGUUGGCUACCUACGGAGAAGACAUGUUGAAAUUGGUGGAGAAGGCGGAUCCGGAAGCGUUGAUCUUGAAUACCGACGAGAUGGGACGCCCUGAUCUCUUGAAGGUUGCCUAUCGGCUUUACGUGGAGAUGAACGCGGAAGCAGUGUUUGUCUUGUCGAACGAAAGGGUCACGAGGAUGGUGGUGGGUGGGCUGGAGAGGGGAGGGGUUCCGGCGUAUGGGCCGAUUUGGGACUCGUGA